GAGUAUCUGUUUUAACCUAAAAUUUCCUGUAACCGGUUAUGUUUUCUAUGACCCAAGCUUGUGAUUUGUAAACGUUUAUUUUACGAAAUUUUAAGGUUUUAUUACUUGUUUUCCAUAUAAAACUCAAAAUGAAACUAGUGAGGUUUCUCAUGAAAUUGAGUCAUGAAACUGUAAGUAUGGAACUCAAAAAUGGAACUGUUAUACAUGGUACAAUUACUGGAGUUGAUGUGGCUAUGAAUACCCACUUGAAAGCAGUGAAAGUAACGGUAAAGAAUAGAGCGCCUAUGAAUUUGGAUACCCUGACCAUUAGAGGAAACAACAUAAGAUAUUACAUUCUCCCAGACAGUUUACCUUUAGAAACCUUACUCAUUGACGAUACUCCCAAAGCUAAAGCUAAAAAGAAGGAAACUGCUAGGGGAGCUGCAAGGGGUAGAGGUAGAGGAAGGGGCCGUGGUGGGCCUAGAGGUCGUGGCAGAGGAAGAGGACGUAGAUAAACUAGUGUACUCAUAUUAAGUCAACAUGUAAUUUAAGUCUUUUCCAAUUAAUCAUAAACCAUGGUUUUCGUAUAUUUAGAGUAUCCUUUUUGCGAAUACUUUUCCAUAACUGAAUCCAAUGUAAGUUCAACUGAAUAUUACAAAGUGUGAUUAUUUGA